UACUUUGCUUUGGUUACUAUUAAUUGGAUCGCCUCUUCAAUCAGUGCAAAAAAAAUUGAUGUGAAAGGUAGUAAAAGUGAUUCGGAAGACACAUAGAAUGAAAAAAAUGUUAUGCCAAAUAGUGCUUGUUUUGGUUCUGUCCCAUUUGACAAUACAGGUGGCAGAAGCAUUUUCUGUUGCCUUAAAGAGGCAAACUUUAAUUUAUCAUGAACCACCACAUGAAAAUAAUUUGAAAAUGAGUGACCAAGUUAUUGAACACUACAUUACACAACGUUUAGAUAACUUCGAUCAUCAAAAUAAUCUUACAUUUGAAAUGCGUUACUUAACAAAUGAUAUUUGGUUCAAAAGUGGAGGACCAAUUUUCAUAAUGAUCGGUGGAGAAUGGGAAAUAAGUGCAGGACAUAUUUUACCCGGUCAACAUAUUUACGACAUGGCGAAGGAGAAUAACGGAUUACUGCUUUACAGUGAACAUAGAUUUUAUGGAAAAUCUCAACCAACAAAGACAUCAUCAACCGAAAAUCUAAAGUAUUUAAGUGUUGAGCAAUCAUUGGCUGAUUUAGCUCAUCUUAUAAGAGUAAUAACUUCCGAUAAAGAAAUGAAUGCAACUGGCGGUGUAAUUUUGGUAGGUGGUUCAUAUGCAGCAACAAUGGCAGCUUGGUUUAAGCAAAAGUAUCCUCAUUUAGUUAAAGGAAGCUGGGCUUCAAGUGCACCGCUCCAUGCAAAAUUGAAUUAUUUUGAAUAUACAGAAACGGUUGCAGAAUCUAUUCGAACGACAGGCGGUGACAAAUGUUACAACAUCAUUGAAGGCAUAUUUGGGGCUAUAGAAAAUUUGAUUGAACAUAAUGAUUCCGAGUCGUUAAAAACUGUAUUCAAAGUUUGUGAUAAUUUUGAUAUAACCAACAUUUUGGAUGUUUGGAAUUUUUAUAGUACAGCCAAAGAUUUUUUUUCUGGCCUUGUACAGUAUGGUACGCAAAAUUCAAUCAAUUCGUAUUGUAAAUAUUUGGUCACUGGAAAUGCAAACGCGACAAAUGACCUUGAGUCUCUUCGUCCAUUCGCGAAAUCAUACAUUGAUAGUUUCUUGCCACCAAAUGCAAAAUGUAUUCCAAUUUCUUAUGAAGAUGAACUGAAACAAUUAAAAAAAGAUAAUACAUCUGUGGCGAAUGCAUUUAGACCGUGGUUUUAUCAAACUUGUUCGGAAUUUGGUUGGUAUCAAACAACUGACUCACAAAAACAUCCCUUUGGCUCUAAAUCUCCUGUGGAUUUUUAUUUGAAAAUGUGCCAAGAUGUAUUUGGUGAUGUAUUCAAUAAUUCGACUUUCGAGGGAAAUAUGAAUCAUACCAAUGAUUUUUAUGGUUCUUUACAUCCAGCAGUGACAAAUGUGUACUUUACACACGGCUCGCUUGAUCCGUGGCAUAAAAUGGGCAUUUUAGAUGAUCUUAAUAUACAUUCUCCAAGCACGGUUAUUCAAGGCAUUUCUCAUUGCCGA